AUGCGCGGCUGCGUCGUACUGGGGACCAAUGGUCAUCCCGAGCUCACAAAGGCCAUAUGCAACCGACUCGGUAUGCAGCCCGGCGAGGUGGACAUCAAGAAGUUCUCCAAUGGCGAGACAAGCGUGAAAAUAUACAACUCUGUGCGUGGGCAGGAUGUCUACAUCGUCUCGCCCGGUAGUGGGCAUGUCAACGAUAAUCUCAUGGAGAUGCUCAUCAUGAUCUCUGCGUGCAAGACGGCGAGCGCCAACAAGGUCACCGCUGUGCUGCCUGUUUUUCCCUACUCGCGGCAGCCAGAUGUGCCAUACUCCAAGGUUGAAUCACCGAAAUCGGACUCCUCCGCCAGCUUCAUCCCAGACAAAUUUACCCCGAAUGCCUCUGGCUAUAGGAAAUGGGUUGCUCAGGCCGGUACGCUUGUAGCUGCGCUACUGACAACGGCCGGUGCAGACCACAUCAUCACAAUGGACCUGCAUGAUCCACAAUUUCAGGGCUUCUUCGAUAUUCCCGUGGACAAUCUCUUUGGUCGUCCACUGCUACAACGUUUCAUCACACUCAACAUUCCCAACCACCAGAAUGCCGUUGUUGUAUCGCCCGAUGCUGGCGGUGCUAAACGCGCAACGGCGAUCGCAGACUCGCUCGAGAUGGACUUCGCUCUGAUUCAUAAGGACCGUCGCAACAAGAAUCAGCACGAUGAGAAUCAAAUGAUGCUCGUUGGUGAUGUUCAAGGAAAAGUGGCCAUUUUGAUUGAUGAUCUUGUUGAUACAGGUAAUACCUUGUGUCGUGCAGCACAGCUUUUGCAUCACUCUGGUGCGACAUCCAUCUAUGCACUUGUGACACAUGCUCUGCUCAGUGGCGAUGCGAUUGCAAGGCUUCGAGAGUCCAAGAUUGAUGUGCUUGUAGUGACAAACACAUCGCCGCAAGAGGAACAUGCGAGUAAUGGCAGUGGCAAGAUGGUUGUGAUUGACGUGGCGCCAGUCUUUGCAGAAGCCAUUCGGCGGAUACACAACGGUGAGAGUGUCAGCUUGCUGUUUGACCAUGGUAUUUAA